AUGAGGAACAAAGGAACUCGUGAAGUGUUAAGAGUUUUACAAAAGUUUGUAGCAGAACAUAGCCCAAGUACUUUAACAUCAGACCAAGACAGUGCAUACCUCAGCAACGAAAUCACAGAAUUUCUCAUUAAGCAUAACAUAACUCACUACACUACUGAAGACCAUAACCAUAACAUACUCGGCAUCAUAAACCGCUUCAUAAGGACUCUCAGAGAUUUAAAUCAAGAGCGAGACUUUACCGAAGAAACAAUGAAACAUUUUCUCGAAGUAUAUAAUUCCUCAACACAUUCUACAACAGGACAUACAACAAAUUCAAUGACACAACAACAAGAAGAAAAGUAUAUACAAAAGAAACGAAGUCAAACACAAAAUAUCAGAAAUUCAACACAAUUUACCCUCAUUCCUGGUACAAAAGUUCGUGUAGUUCUUGACGACAAACCGUUGACAAAGAAACGUUUAAGGUUAAGUCGA